CUUCUCGGUCGCAGCGUGAGGAAGUGGGGCUUUCACAGUAGCUGAGCUCGCUCGUUUCUGAGAACACAGAAUACACUGGGUGGGGGGAGACACAAACCCACCACACAGCUGCACACGGGAGACUCGGCCAACGGUCUCUACUCGGACUCACCAGGGAUAACAGGAAGAAUUCAUGUGCCUCUGAGGAACGCAAACAAACAGGAUAUCAGAGGUUCUCAUUCGGCGUCGGAUUCUGCCGAAUGCACCGAUCUCAGCGGAUCUCGUACCGGAUCCAUUCGGGCUACUGUAGCAAGAGGAACGUGUCUCGCGUAGCGCGCAACGAGGAGGAAAAUAAACGUAUGGUCACAACACUUGACCGAGGAAGACACUGACAGGCAGCUGAUAUUGGAAGACGAAAUGACAUGCACUUAGGUUGUUAGUUUAUCUCCCAUUGCCCGUUGGUUCACCUAGCAAGUUGUUUGGUCGCCCGGGAAAAGACUCAACUUCCAGUGGCGAGAGACCGCGGACGGCGCACCGAGCUAACGUUAGCUAGCCAAUUUCCUCCUUCCAACGCCCCCUCCCCCCAUCAUAACAGCUAGCUAGCCACUGGUGUCUCCGUGCCAGAGCCCACGACACUGGGCGAAAGCAAUGAUUAUGGCAAAUGGUGUGCGGUUUGGUCCGUUUUUUUUUUUUUAAACGAGGUGCGUUUGCCCGAGGAUCGGGAUUCGUUAGCCGAGAUCGCUAACUGCACGAGUGUGUUUCGCUUCGGCGCGACCAAAGCGGCUGUUAGCUAGCUACCUGCGCUAGCCGAGUCGGUAUAUUAUCUAACGUUAGCGGGUUAGUUGAAAUUGAACUGGCUCACAGCACGGGGUUAGCUGCUUGCUAAGCGGCUGUAAGCGACUCGCUACCGAAGUAGCGACGUUUUGCACAGCGGUUUGUUCGUAGACAACCCUGUCUCCCUAGAUUCUACAUUUAACUAACGUGAACUGGCUGAUUUUUCGUGGCAUGAUUUGUUUAAAUAUUGCAUAUAUAGUUACCGUAGCGCCAAUAACAUAUAGUUGUUUUCUUGUUAGCUAGAGGGAUUUUUAGUCGGAUAUCUAGCUGAUUGUUUUUUUUACUUUUUUGUUGCAUUCUGGCCUGGAUAUUCAGCUAGCAACCUGCAUCUAUAUGGCGACGUGGUCUGCGACAAAUGUCCUCCUGAUGAAGAAGAACGUUGUUAUCCCGAGUCUUCAUUUUGGUUUUCUGCUGUUCAAAGAUUUCUGUUUGACUGAAAUCGACGAGGCCGUGCCACAGCUCAAGUUCUACGAAGAGAUUAAGGACUACGAGAAGUUGGACUCUGAAGAGGAGAGGUUGUGCCGUAGCAGACAGAUCUAUGACGGCUACAUCAUGAAGGAACUCCUCUCCUGCUCACAUGCCUUCUCUAAGAAAGCAGUGGAUCACGUUCAGACUCACCUGGCCAAGAAGCAGGUGCCUCCCUCUCUCUUCCAGCCGUACAUCGUGGAGAUCUGUGACAGCCUGCGAGGGAUGAUCUUCCAGAAGUUCAUAGAGAGUGACAAGUUCACUCGUUUCUGCCAGUGGAAGAAUGUGGAGCUGAACAUCCAUUUGUCGAUGAAUGACUUCAGUGUCCACCGCAUCAUUGGUCGGGGGGGUUUUGGGGAGGUGUACGGCUGCAGGAAGGCUGACACCGGCAAGAUGUAUGCCAUGAAGUGUUUGGAUAAGAAGAGGAUCAAGAUGAAGCAGGGGGAGACUCUGGCUCUGAACGAGAGAAUUAUGCUGUCACUUGUCAGCACAGGGGACUGUCCGUUCAUAGUGUGCAUGACGUACGCCUUCCACACACCAGACAAACUCUGCUUCAUCCUGGACCUGAUGAACGGAGGGGACCUGCACUACCACCUGUCUCAGCACGGUGUGUUCAGUGAGAAGGAGAUGCGUUUCUACGCAGCGGAGAUCAUCCUGGGACUAGAACACAUGCACAACCGCUUCGUCGUCUACAGAGACCUCAAGCCUGCUAACAUCCUAUUGGAUGAGCAUGGUCACGUGCGUAUUUCAGACCUGGGUCUGGCCUGCGACUUCUCCAAGAAGAAGCCUCACGCCAGUGUUGGUACCCAUGGGUACAUGGCCCCGGAGGUGCUUCAGAAGGGGACGGCGUACGACAGCAGCGCCGACUGGUUCUCACUGGGCUGCAUGCUCUUCAAACUCCUCCGAGGGCACAGUCCCUUCAGACAGCACAAGACCAAAGACAAACACGAGAUUGAUCGCAUGACGCUCACUAUGAACGUGGAGUUGCCAGACUCGUUCUCUGUGGAGCUGAAGGGUCUGUUGGAGGGUCUGCUGCAGAGGGACGUGGCCAAGAGACUGGGCUGCUUGGGACGAGGUGCCCCAGAGGUGAAGGAGCAUCUGUUCUUCAAAGGCAUCGACUGGCAGCAAGUGUAUCUUCAGAAGUAUUCUCCCCCUCUCAUCCCUCCAAGGGGAGAGGUAAAUGCAGCAGAUGCAUUUGACAUUGGCUCCUUUGAUGAAGAGGACACCAAGGGUAUCAAGUUGUUGGACAGUGACCAGGAAUUGUACAAGAACUUCCCCCUGGUCAUCUCAGAGCGCUGGCAGCAGGAGGUGGCUGAGACGGUGUACGAGGCGGUCAACUCCGACACGGACAAGAACGAGGCCCGCAAGAGGACCAAGAACAAACAGCUGGGCCACGAGGAGGACUAUGCCCUGGGGAAGGACUGUAUAAUGCACGGCUACAUGUUGAAGCUGGGGAAUCCGUUCCUGACGCAGUGGCAGCGCCGAUACUUCUACCUGUUCCCCAACCGAGUGGAGUGGAGGGGAGAGGGGGAGUCACGGCAAAACCUGCUGACGAUGGAGCAGAUCGUGACGGUGGAGGAGACACAGAUUAAAGAUAAGAAGUGCAUCCUGCUGCGCAUCAAAGGAGGGAAACAGUUUGUCCUGCAGUGUGAGAGUGACCCAGAGUUUGUCCAGUGGAAGAAAGAGCUGACCGAUGCGUUUACUGAGGCCCAGAAGCUGCUGCGUCGCGCCCCUAAGGUCAUCGGGAAGGGUCGGGCUGGGGUGGUGGAGUUCUCCAAACCUCCUCUCACACACCGCAACAGCAACGGCCUGUAGGCCGCACACACACACACACACCUACACACACCACAUCCUAUAACCUCAUCCCCUAUGAACCCGCCCGCCACAGGCCCAAGUCCUGGACACACACUCACACACACACACACACACAAUAAAGCCCCACACUCUCACUCUGGAGUGUUUAUGGACCAAGCCUGCCAGCCGCUCUCCUCUGUUGUCACACACACACACUGAAAGGCAAAAACGUACCCUCGGACCAUGCGUGUACUUAAAGAGAACCAGACGCAUCCCUCUUCCUCUCACCCCCAAUGGACCAGCAUUCGACACAGCCGACCUCACGCACACACACACGCGCGCACACACCAGCUGAUCCCGGCAGAGCAGCAAACGCCAGUCCCGAGUAGGAAGACUAGGUCACCUGUCCCCACCUCUUCUUCCUCUUCUCCCCCCCUCCCCUGUCCCUCAAUCCCCCCCAGCCUCGUCUUGAGACUGAACCCGAGCCACACGCACCUGCCGGACCGCUCUCCACGGGAUUGGAUGGCUGUAGUGGAGGGGCGGGGACCUAAAGCAGGUGGUGAGUUUCUGGACCAAUGUCACCGCUUGGAGAGAGGGGCCGGACCAAUAACGUUCCUCUCCUGUGAGCUCAUGAAGAGGGGAAAGGAGAGACUGAGUGGAGGGGAGAGAAGUGGAAAGAUGGUGGGAGGAGGACAAGGAAGCAGAGAGACCUGCCGGGAUAAACCCAAGAGAAUGGCAGUGAACUGCUCGUGUGUAAGUGUGUGUGUGUCCAGAGAGGUUGGCAGCAGGUUUCAUUCCUUCCACAGAGAACGACGAAGGAGAGAAAGAUGACGGCUUUGACUUUUUGAAGAGACUUUGACCCUCUUCUCCUCCUCCAUCCCUCCGUCUCCUCUUCCAUCCCUCCGUCUCCUCUUCCAUCCCUCCGUCUCCUCCUCCAUCCCUCCGUCUCCUCCUCCAUCCCUCCGGCAGUGAAAUGCAUAAAGUGCCAAUGUCAAUAUUUACUUGAGUCACCUGAGCAUCCAGGAGGACCCAUUUUGAAAGCAGCAACCCCCCCCCCCCCGGAUACAGAACUCUCUGGCACGGAACUCUUGUCGCCGUGGACAAACCUCUCCGAUGCGGCUCGUGCACGGAUCCGUUUUGACUUUGGGGGGGGGGGGGGGGGGGGGGUUGCACCUGUAACCAUGGGAACCGGGGAUGGUGUGUACGAAGGCCAAGCCGCUCUCUGCGCAUCUCCUCCAGUCCCUUUACUCCAGUACUGCUCAUUAAUGUGUGAGUCUGUCCUCUUCUCUUUAGGAAUGUUGGAGGGGGGGGCUUUCAUUCACCUGGCAGUAUGCUUACCUCAGAGCGGGGACUGUAUGUGAGUUUUGAAUCCCAGCGGGGCCAGAGACUUUGCUGUGUGAGAAGUUGUAAUUGUGUCAGGGCGGCCCUAAUGUGUACGCCACAGCUUUCCAGAUGUAGAUCACACACACACACACACACACACACACACACAGGAUUGGCCGUAUAAGUAGGUCAGUGUAGAGAGAGAGGUGGUAGGUGACGCGGGGUGUUUUAGCGUUUGGAGCAGACAGCGACCGGAACCCGAAUCUGUUAGUCCCCUUCAGUCUGGUUUGAACCUAUAGAUUUAUUUCUGAAUGUGACCCAGAAUGGUAGGCCCACAAUCCUCUCUGGCUUUAUAUAUGAGGAGAACCAGCUUGUGCUGCUGUGGCUGCAGCCGUGACACGCCGUUUAACCUGAAAGCACAGCUGGUUGUUGAAAAGAGAGGAGAAAGGAUUUGUUCACUCAAUUUUAAUUCCCCUUCCAUGCAGUAGAAGGUUCCUCGUCUGUGAUAUAUAUCCCCGUGCGUUUCCACAGCUGUGACCUGCAUGUGUGGCUGGAGGGGUAGAGGAGGGUUUAUGUGUUGGGAGGGCGGGGGGGUUGUUGAUAUUCUAAGAGGCCUACACAGGUCAGUCAGGGGAAGUGAUGUCGUUUUAGAGAGAUACCUCAUCAGGGCGUCCUUUUUUUCUUCUUGUUAAACCAAAACGAAUGGGGUUUUGUCUGACCUUUUUAACCUAAUGUGUUACUCCAUGUUCAAUGUGCCAAAUACCUGUCGCUGAUUGAUUCUGAUUGGCUGACUGUUCUGGACCAAUGAGAAUCCUCCUAUCUGAACAGGCCCCUGCGGGGACGGACCCCUCACAGCGCCAGCCUCUGGCCACACACACACACACACACACUCUCUCUCAACCGUUUGAAUCUGAGGAGUGGGUCUUUCUUAAAGGGUACAAAACUGUGACCGAACUGGGGAUGUGGAAUAGAAGAGUGAGUGUGUGUGUGUGUGUGUGUGUGUGUCAGCAUGGAGUGAAUCUGCCUUUCAGCACCUCCACUUGUCACACACACACACACACAGGACUUGGUUGUAAUGGGUGUAUUCAGUGUGUGUGCUGCAUUUCAAUCGCUUGUCAGUGUUUUAUUUAGUGUAGAUGUUUUUGUCAAACAUCUACACACACAAGCUUGACAACAAAACAAGACAAUGAAAAGGGGCGGCAUAUAGGAAGAAGAAAAACUAACAAAAAAUUGAAGUAUAUAUAUAUAUAUGAAUGAAUAUAUGUGUGUAUAUUAAAUGACAAAUGCUCUAGGUUUAUUUAAGAAGAUUUCACGAUGUGGAGACGCUCUUCGCAUGAGGAUGCUCUGUGUGAGUGUUGGGGUUUAGAAGUGUGUAAAUCUGUUUGUGGUGAACACUUUGGAUCUUUGCACAUAAGGACUUUAGCUGUACCUGCAAAUUGUCAGAUUAUUUUUGUUUGAAUACCCGGACUCUUGCUCUUUUCAUAUUUAUUGCGUGUUUUGUUUUUGGAGGGGGGGGGGGGGGGGGAUAGCGGCCUCUGUCUACGAGCUCUCGCCAGGGCUCUCGCCAGGGCUCGCGCCAGGGCUCUCGCCAGGGCUCGCGCUGUAGAAUACUCCAGUUUUACACGCGGCCAGACAAAUGAUUUGACACGUGCCACAAACAACGCAAAUACUACUGGCGUUGGGUUACUAUUACCAUUACAGUCAUGACGAUGAUGAUUACUGUCAUUGGUAAUAUUAUUAAAUGAUUAUUGUCAUUCCAUUUUGUUUGAAUGAAUUUUGUCAUGUUGUUUUUAAGACCGCUAGGAGCAUUAUGUGUUGGACUGCUUAUAUAAAACAGUUCAGAAAUAAAUACAUCAUUUUCUUUUGUCCGUGU